AUGGACUGCACAGCCAAGAGAGUUCAGCUGCUGCUCCUCAUGGUGUUUGUGGCGCACCUGGCCCGGGACGCUGAAGGCGUGGCUACUUGCUGCCUGCGCGGCUCGAGGUCCUGCAGACUGUACGACCUGCUGUGCCGCGCGGGUCGUUGGAACGACACCUCCAUCCUGGACCACAUCGGGCGUUUAAAUAACGACGCCGCCGCCGGGAUUCUCACACUUGGCAAACGCAAGGUGGGCGAGCGACGGAUCCAAGACCGCCUGCAACAACUCCUGCACGGUUCACGGAAUCAAGCAGCGGGAAUCCUGACAAUGGGAAAGAGAUUCGAUAAGGACAACGGACACCGGUCGCUCGUGCACGCGGGAGGGACUGUGAGCGCGCUUGUGAGUCUCGGCCUCGAGCGUCCGCUGAAGUAUCUGAUGCCCACUGUACCUGAGGAGACGCUGGAAGUGGACGCCUAUGAAAAACGAUGACACUUGUCGCGUUUUAAAACCACAAUUACCUACCUCAGUAGGUUUUGUAAAGUACCAACACGAUCCGUUCUCUUAUUAAUAAAUGGACUCGACUAAAUGUUAAUAAUGGGCAUUUCAUUAUAUUUAUGGUGAGGGCAGAAGCGUUAUCUUGUUUCACUGUAUAAAGAGCUGGUAGGUUUCAGUUCUGUGUAGUAUGUAAUGUGGUCAGCAGAUG